CGGCUGACCCGCUGCGGCUUAGGACCCAAAUUUAUGUCGCGCAUUUCAAAUUUCAAAACAAACGAGUCGCGCCUGUAAACAGCGAGAAUGGAUGGGGUGGACUAAACGUCGGGCUGUGUUGUUCAAAAACUAAUGCAAAACGUAUAACGUUACAUGUAGCGUGUAAAAGCAUUUGUGGCGAUAUGUGUUUGGUUUCCAACACGAUAAUCACAAUACGCCGUUUUUGUACUUCUCGGAGUGACUAUCGUCAGACUGCACGGUAAUACGACAGACUAGUGAUCUACUCUAACAGUUAGUAAACUAGUUGGAUUAAAUCUGAGGAGGCAGUCAGAAAUGGAAGCUCAUGGAGUGUCGUCUGAAGGCUCAAACAGCGCGGUGAAAGCUCCCUCCAUCGAGGACUUCGUGCUUGUCAAACCUAUCAGUCGAGGAGCCUUUGGGAAGGUUUACCUCGCCAGAAAGAAAUGCAACUCCAAACUCUAUGCAGUGAAGGUGGUCAAGAAAGCAGACAUGGUGGAUAAGAACAUGACUGAUCAGAUGAGAGCUGAGAGAGAUGCUCUGGCUCUCAGUAAAAGUCCUUUUAUCGUGCACCUGUUUUAUUCUCUUCAAACUGCGACUAAAGUCUAUCUGGUGAUGGAGUAUCUGAUUGGUGGAGAUGUAAAAUCACUUCUUCAUAUUUACGGAUACUUUGAUGAGGACAUGUCUCUGAAAUACAUUUCAGAGGUCGCACUCGCUCUGGACUACCUUCACAGACACAGCAUUAUUCACAGGGAUUUAAAACCAGACAACAUGCUCAUCUCCAAUGAGGGUCACAUUAAACUCACUGACUUUGGGCUCUCCAAGGUUAAACUUGACAGGGAACUAAACCUGAUGGACAUUUUAACCACACCUUCUUUGGCGAAACCUAAAAAAGAUUAUUUCAGAACACCUGGUCAAGUUCUGUCACUGAUAAGCUCUCUUGGCCUCAAUACCCCGGUGACAGAGGGCAAGCGUCACACCAGCACAGUGUUGGGCAGCCCCAUGUCCUGCGGCAAGGUCAAGCUAAGGAAUAGUUCUUUGUGUUCACCUUUGCUGAAGAGACGAGCUGACCAUCUGAAUUCACCAGUAUGCACUCGAGCUUUAGGAUCCAACAGCGUGUUUAGUCCUGGCCUGCUGGCUAGGAGUUUGACACCAAGACUGAUGAAAUCAAGGAGAUUUGAGAGUGUUGGGAGCGCCCACUCGUGCAUGUUACCAUCCACUACUGAUUCUGAAGACUGUGUCAGUCCGAUGUGGGAAGAUGAGCAGUAUUUACAAGAUGGUGAGAACCUGCCUCAGUUAAACGGAAGAGAAGUGGGAAUGUCCAGAAACGUUCCCUUGACACCUGUGGAAAGGAGGAAGAUGUUUCCAGCACGAGCUCAAGAUCACAACACUGUUCUAACUCCAUUGAAUAACCAAAUGGACAAUAGCAGAAUUAUUAAACCAGAUAUUUCUGCAAAGAGGCUCCAGUUCAGUACAUCUGACCCUUGCGCUACUCCACUGGGUAAGGCUGAUCCCCAUCAAUCAUUUGAGAACGGUCUUAUAAAACCAGAGCCCAAAACCUCAGUAAAGAGAGCUUUUGAUGAAGUAGAGAAAAGCCCAGAGCAGGCCGAGAUCCAUUGCAAGAAAAACGACACCGUGUACAAGAGGUCUUUCCACAUUCCUGAGGACAACUCGGUGGCCCACACAGGCUUGACAGGAAUUUUCUUCAACGUGGGGCUCGGUGAUGUUAAAAGUGCACCGAUAUGUCAACAGAAGAGUGAGAGAACUGGCCCAAAGCAAUCAAGUCCCAUAGCCGUGGCCAAAAAUCUGUUCUGUGAUCUCGAAGAUCAAGGUGAAGAGGUGGCUUUGCCUAAAACAGAGGCCAACUCGAGCUCCCCGACCUCACCUGGUGAUAUCAGAAGAAGCCUUAGUUUAGAUUCAGACGGCUCCGCCCAUGAGAUGUCGGUGGUUAAACAAGAUGCUUUGUCAUCAUCUUUUGAGGAGCUUGACGAAAAUGAGAUUUCUGUAGUCACACCGGCGGCCAGGCCCACCUUGGCUACACCAAAGCACAGCAGUGCGAAGCAUCAAAGAGUUAAAUCAGAAUUUUCUCUUCUGGACCAUCCUCGUGGGUUGUCUGACAGUAUGGUCAAAUCGCCCGGCUUCCUCAAACCCAGGAACGUGGUUGCAUUUCGAAGCUACUGCAGCUCUAUAAACCGCUCUUGUGCUUCGCACCUCAGCAUGGCCUCUUUGGAUGGCAUGGAGCUGUCUACGUCCGCCUCCUUCCACAACGCCCAGUCUGCAGUGACUCCCGUUCAGAAGAAAAGGCCCAGUCUGAGCAGCACACUUUACCAGACUCCACAGCAGAUGGUUGUCUCUCACACUCCCUACAGGACACCAAAAAGUGUGCGUAGAGGUCCAGAACGUGUGGAGGGGGCUCCUAUUCUGGGAACUCCUGACUACUUGGCACCAGAACUUUUAUUAGGCAAAGCACACGUUUCAGGCUUUGUACACUGUGAUUUCAUGGUGGAUUGGUGGGCGUUGGGUGUCUGUCUGUUCGAGUUCCUCACAGGAAUCCCGCCGUUUAAUGAUGAGACCCCUCAGCUGGUGUUCCAGAACAUUCUCAACAGAGAUAUACCAUGGCCAGAUGGAGAUGAGGAGUUAACCCAGAAUGCAAGAAAUGCCAUAGAGAUUCUUCUCACUAUGGAUACAGCCAAACGGGCUGACUUAAAAGAGCUGAAGGAUCAUGCGUUCUUUGAAGGUGUGGACUGGGAAAACCUUCACCAUCAGAGCAUGCCCUUCAUCCCUCAGCCCGAUGAUGAGACCGACACCUCGUACUUUGAGGCGAGGAACACAGCCCAGCAUCUCACCGUAUCAGGGUUUAGCCUGUGACGCACACAAACCGUAGGGCAGCGGACUCCGUAUGAACACGGUGCUCCUGUUCGUCCUCUUUCUUCCUUCGGCCUUCAUUCACAUUGGAAAGUGUCCUCAAAGGUGGGAUUUUACGGUUAUGCACAUACGUGCUGCAAUACUUGUAUAAAACCUUCCAUUAUGUUUGUUUGGAAAAAGUAAUAUAUUAUGUAACACUACUGUUUGUACCGACUCAGUGCACAUUUAAAUCGAAGACAGUGAUAAUUUUACUUGCGUUUUCUUGAAAGCUAUGCUCGUGGGACUGUAAUUUUAACAUGCUAAAUGUUUUAACUAGUCUACAGUCUAUCUAAUCUGAUUCUGAACAUGGUUGCUGCUUAAAAAGUACCUUUUUUGCCAAUUUAUAAUCAUUUGAUACAUAUACAACACCUUGAAUAUGUGGUUUGUGACACUUGCCUAUAUGUUUUGUUGUUGUUUUUAGAUGAUUCUGAAAAUGUUUCAAGUUAAAUAAAAUAAAAUACAACUGUUGUAUUAA